AUGGUACUGCCGCUUUUAUCAAGAGAGGAGGUCGAGGCACGAAUUGCCGACGGCGACUUGUUGGUGAUACGCCACGGGUAUGUUCUAAAACUCAAUAGCUGGAUCGCAAAACACCCGGGUGGUGACAAGGCCAUUCAUCACAUGGUUGGCCGCGAUGCCACUGACGAGAUCGACGUGUACCAUGAGGAGGCGACAAUGCGUAAAAUGGACGCAUUUCGAGUAGGCUAUGUUGGGACGCCGUGGAAAUCUUUUGUGCCCCCUCUGCAGGGCGGCAAGUUCCGGACUCGAGCCGAGAUUGAAGCCACGAAAGACAGCGAAUACGUGCAGCCUGCUCCGCGAUGGGCCAAAGAUUUCAACAAGGAUGUCUCCGACUCGAAGGCAGCCGUCAUUGACAAGAUGCUCCAGAAAGAGCUUGAAUCUGAUCUUGAAAAGUACCCCAGUCUAGAUCCUGAGACCCAGCAACACAUCCAUAACAAAUUCCGCGAGUUGUUUGUCGAACUCGACGAGGAUGGCUGGUUCCAAUGCAACUACUGGGGGUACGUUCGUGAAUUCUCCCGCAUCGGCACCUUUUUCGCUCUCUCGUAUCUAUUUUUCACUUGGCGUCAGUCAAGUCUUCUUUUGCUAGCAAUCUCCGCGACUUUCCUAGGACUCGGCUGGCAUCAGAUUGUUUUUAUUUGCCAUGAUGCUGGACACCAGGCCAUAACCCACAAUUACUACUUUGACAACCUCAUGGGAAUAUUUUUAGCGUCCUACAUUGGUGGUCUCAGUCUCACCUGGUGGAAACGCAACCACAACGUCCACCAUAUUGUAACCAAUGACCCGGUUCAUGAUCCAGAUAUCCAGCAUUUGCCAUUUUUCGCUGUAUCUGAGCGCCUGUUUGGUAGUAUUUACUCUACCUACUACGAGCGGUGGCUGUGGUUCGACAAGUUCAGCCAAGCAGCUAUCCAGCUGCAGCACUAUCUGUACUACCCUAUUUUGUGCUUUGGCCGCUUUAAUUUGUACCGCUUGUCUUGGGAGCACUUGCUCAGGGGUCUUGGGCCUCGUCACGGAAAGGCGGCGUUUUUCCGCUGGGUCGAAUUGCUCGGCCUGGCUGUUUUCCAGUACUGGUUCUUCUAUCGUCUUUGCUACUUGACACUGUCAACAGCCGCCGAACGCUGGACGUUCAUUAUGGUAUCCCACAUUGCCACCAUGCCCGUGCAUGUCCAGAUCACCCUUUCGCACUUUGCCCAGUCUACAAGCAAUAUGGGGAUGGACGAGUCGUUCCCCCAACGUCAAAUCCGCACCACUCUCGAUGUUUCGUGCCCGGCUUGGUUCGAUUGGGUUCAUGGCGGACUGCAGUUCCAGGCUGUGCACCACCUGUUCCCCCGGAUGCCCCGCCAUAACUUCAGGGCGGUUCAGCCUCGCAUUAUUCGUUUCUGUGAGGAGCUGGGCCUGCACUACACUAUUUUUGGCUUUUACAAGGGCGAGGAGCAUGUGAUCAACCACCUCCGUCAAAUCGGUGAGCAGGCCAAGAUCUUCCAGGCCUGUAACGAGUUCUGUCGUCAAGAACUCAUCGGUGGAGAAGCCCCGUUGCUGGACGAAGCCGUAGCAAUGGUCAAGGAAGAAAAGGCCAAGGCAUCCAAGCAGGUUCCGCCUAUUUUCGCGGCCCAGCGUAAAACCCUUUAA